UUGGUGUUAGUAUUAGGGGACCUUCACAUCCCACACCGGUGCAGUGGUCUACCAGUGAAGUUCAAGAAGCUGCUAGUUCCAGGAAAGAUUCAACACAUCUUGUGUACAGGAAACCUCUGCACAAAGGAGAGCUAUGACUACCUCAGGACUUUGGCUGGGGACAUCCACGUUGUUAGGGGGGACUCUGAGAGCCUGAAUUAUCCUGAAGAGAAAGUUGUAACUGUGGGGCAGUUCAGAAUUGGGCUGAUUCACGGCCACCAAGUUAUUCCCUGGGGUGACAUGGCCAGCCUGGCACUGCUGCAGAGGCAGCUGGAUGUGGACAUUCUCAUCUCUGGACACACGCACAGAUUUGAAGCAUUUGAACACGAAAACAAAUUCUACAUCAACCCUGGAUCAGCUACAGGAGCCUACAGUGCUUUGGAAAU